CCAAAAUAAUCAUAAUCAUAAUAAUAAUAAUCCAUAGUCUUUGCAUUGUGUUUUCUUUGCUCCUGAGAGCUGGUUGCGUGCUGCGAAGUCCUCCAUGGAAGCGCCUUGGGUGGAAGAGGUGGCGGCGUCUUUAGUGCGAGAGUUCCUGAGCAGAAAGGGCUUAAAGAAGACAAGCACCAUGAUGGACGAAGAAUUUCCCCGCACCGCCCUCAGCAUCAACAACAGGAACGAGCUCCGAAAUGUUUUGCACCUCCAGUCUUUGUACAAACAAAACAAGGCCAAAGAGGCUCCUUUAAAAACCAUUCUGGAAAUCAUGGCAAAUUAUUUUCUGGAGCUUCAGAGUAACCAAACCUGCUUGGGAAAUUCCUCGUUUCUGGAAAACAAAGCCUGUCACACAAGAAGUACGGAGAGUUUUCCACCUAAGAAUUUCCUCUCUGGAGAAGCUACUCGAGGGCAGACAGCAGCUGAAAAAACUAAAAAAGGCACUCCCAGCUAUGAGCUCAGUGAGCGAAUAAUCUGCCUAUCCAGAAGGCAUGGUCACAAGCCAGGUGAGAAGGGCAAGACCAGGACCAUGUUGGAUGCUCAGGCCGAAGGAGAGAAGGAACUCUGCGACCUUCUGGAUGUGAUACAGAUUCCGGGAGAAUUGUCUUCGGAGACCAGAAUGACUUCGAGGGAGAAACCGCAAGGCCAGCCUAAUCUUCUUCCAUCUCAAGGAAAGAUGGCUGCUUCCACGGACACAUCUCAAGAGAAUUCCUUAAAAAGAAGGCACCUGAAUUUGAAAUUCUCCGGAAUUUGCAGCCCGGCCGAAUUCGGACAGGAAAGCACUUUUAAGAGUGCUACAGUCCUUCCAGGUCACUCCUUCGAGAAAACCACCAUUUCCAGACCGUUGGACGAAUUCCUGCCCUCCCGCUCGGCGGACCGUCCGCUCGACCUCCGUCAGAACAGUUCUCCCAGCUCUCCCUCGAGUCGGUGCGCAAAGAAGGAUGAUCCAACGGUCCGAAACAGUGCGGUCAGUCCUGGAGAUGACCCCUUGACCAAGACGGCCCUGGAAAGGCCAGCUGAGGAAAAGAAAAUUGCGUCCGGCUAUGAGAAAAAGCGCCCUUCGGACCUUUUCCAGAAGGAAGCGCCGACGGGAAACCGGAGCGAUUUGCAGUCUUCGCGGAAAAACGAGGCCUCAUUCACAGACAUCAGAAGAUCUCCAACUGCUGCAUCCAGGAAAGAUCCUUUGCCCAGAGACAUUUUGGAACUAGUUGAUGUCGAGGAUGAAGAAAGCUGGGAGGAUGUCGGGGACGGCCCUGAACCACUGACUCUAUAUACGUAUCAAGUCACAACCAAGCCCAUUGAUUUCAAUCUUGCAAAGGACCUCAAAACUCUGCUUUUCGGCUCUAGUCUUGGAUGCUUCAACGAAGAAUGGAAAAUGCAAAGUUUUACGUUCAACGAAAACCCGGAGCUAAAGUACGGCAUCGUGCAGAAUAAGGGUGGGCCGUGCGGGGUCCUGGCAGCCGUUCAAGCCCACGUCCUUCAACAUCUUAUCUUCGGUGACAGUAGCCGGAACAGCACGGUUGGGUGCCUUCGGCCAUCUGACCCCGAAAGGAUCCAGUGCCUCAUUCUGGCUCUUGCUGGUGUUUUAUGGCGUGCAGGUGGCAAUGAGAGAGUGGUGUUGACUUUGACUACAGGAACACAGCAGUUCACGCCUGCAGGAAAAUAUAAGCCAGAUGGGAUCUUAGAAAUGCUUCUGUUGCACUUUAUCACAACCUAUGAAGAUCUGCUGAUGUUCCUACAACAGAAUAUCCAUCAGUUUGAGUCUGGUCCUCACGGCUGCAUUCUCCUGACUUUGUCUGUGAUAUUGUCAAGAUCCAUUGACGGAGUCCGUGGAGAUGUGGAUGUCACCGCAAGCACACUGAUUGGUGCACACGGAUAUUGCACGCAGGAACUGGUCAACUUGCUACUGACCGGCAAGGCCGUAUCCAACGUCUUCAACGAUGUGAUGGAGCUGGACUCAGGAAACGGCAACAUCACUGUCCUGAAAGGCAUCGAUGGCCGUAGCGACCUGGGCUUGCUGUCACUCUUUGAGCAUUAUGACGUCUGCCAGGUGGGCUGUUAUCUCAAGACCCCCAGGUUUCCAAUUUGGGUGGUAUGCAGUGAGAGCCACUUCAGCGUCCUCUUCUGCUUGCGAAAGGAUUUGCUGGGAGACUGGAGGACAGAACGCCGGUUUGACCUGUAUUACUACGACGGUUUAGCCAAUCAGCAAGAAGAGAUCCGUCUAACCAUCGACACCUCUCAGCUUUAUGUGGAAAACCCAGAGAAUGACCUCGUGUCCCCUUUGGAGCAUUGCAUUCGGACGAAGUGGAAGGGAGCCAGGGUCAUCUGGAAUGGCACUGACCCCAUCUUGUGACCGACUUCUUCCAGGCUUCGCUCCUAGAGGGAACCCGGGCGUAUCUUGUCCCCGGUCCAAUCAGAUGCAAACCCACCGAAGGAUCUUCAUUGUGGACUCCUCGCACCCCUCCUUGCGGCUUCUAAGAAAAUGGCUUGACUUCUCCUACGAGCCCUCCAGCGUUUAGAAAUGAGGAGGUCAACCCCCAACCAAGAAAAAGAAAGAGUCGUAAAUCUGUCAACAUCCCAUCAAAUUCCGUUGCUGAAUCCCUGCCACAUCCUGUGAUUAUAUUGGUUGAACAAUACCGAUGGCAGCCCCCUUUCUUGUUUUUUUUAAAAAAAACGAGCGAUGACAACAAUCCCUGGAUCCAUUUUAAAGCUAGGAAGCCGAAAUUAAACAAAACAACAACAACAAAAAAGAGCAAUUAAGCUCUGUUUCCCAAGGACAUUUCUUUUGGGUAGUCCAAAGUAGUUUGGAACCAAAUGUAUCACUGCCGAUUCUUUUCUUUUUUUAAUUUUUUUAAAAAAAAUAAUUGAGUUGUCAUCUAUUUUUAAUUCAGUCCUUGGAACUCUUGGCUACUAGAGAACUGAACCGGUAGGGCCAUCUCUUCUUUUAAUGUCUGUAACCGAAGCUUGCCUUUUGUAGUUUGCCAAGACAGCUCUGGACCUAUAGUUCUAGAAAUAAAAGGUCUGCAAUCUAUUUAUUAUUUUAUCUCUGUGGAGAAACCGUGGUUUCUAUUGGAACAGAUCAAACCGGAGUUGCUCUCCGUAUAUGAGUUUAGGCAGUGUUUCUCCAACCUUGGCAACUUUAAGCCUGGCGGACUUCAACUCCCAGAACCCCCCAGCCAGCAAAGCUGGCUGGGGAAUUCUGGGAUUUGAAAUCCGCCAGACUUAAAGUUGCCAAGGUUGGAGACCUCUGCUUUAAGAUGUGUGGACUUCAACUCCCAGAAUUCACCAGUUCAAAUACUGAAGUCAGCUCAUGCUGGCUGGGGAAUUCUGGGAGCUGAAGUCCGCCCAUCUUAAAAAGUCGCCAUGCAAACGUUGACAUAUUCCACAGAUAAAACCAACUGAUAGUCCGAAUAAACGCUGGGGAUUUUGGGGCGCGCGAUUGGAGGCCUAACUUGGCAUAAAAGCAAUUCCACUUUUAUUACUGAAGCAAAGUUAUAAUCCUCUCGCUGGCGGUCUGUAGGGAUAAAAUGUUCAAAGAGGAAAAACUGGUAGCUGGGAAGUUCAUCCCGCGUCAGCGAUGGGUUUCCAAUAGUCUUUAACCGCUGGUUCGCCGUGCACAUGCGCCCGGCCUUCCGCGCAUGUGCUAUGCUUGCUCACGCACCUUUUGCACAUGCGCCCUGACUUGAAAAUGUGGAUAGAGCCAUGGCUGGUCGGCAGGCCCGCCUAACGGACACCCGAUCUCCGCUACCGGUUCGCUCAUACUGGUAGGAACCAGCUGAACUUUUUCCUAGUUCACUUCCUGGGUUCAGGAGAGGCGAGGGGCACUAUUCAAGGAAAGGAAAGUAAUUUGGUGGAGCCCCCCCCCUUGAUUUUGAGAAGGGACAAGAUAGGAAAAAACUAAAUUAGAUGCCCCUUUCCGUGCCUUAAAAGUUUCAGAACCGCAAUAGGGCUGCCUCUGCGUUUUUUUUUCUUUCCAGCUGCCAUGAGUGCGUUAAAAAAGAUUGCAAGAUUGUUGUGUAUAAUGUAAGCGGUGCUUCCUGGAUCUUCCAUUCCCUUGCCCCCCCCCCCAUUAUUAUAGUCUUAAAACGAAUGUAGGGAAUAUUAUGUGUCACGGUGUA